AUGUCAAAAUCAUCUGGAACUAUAUCUGCUGAGGAAACGAAGCAACUGGAAAAUAAUGAAAAUCGUGUGAGUCAAGGUGUAGAACAAAUAUCUGGUGGGGAAAUUCAGGAACUAAAUGUUUUAUCGCCAGAGCAUGGAACAAAUAUGGAAGAGGAAAUUUCUGAACUAUACAAGGUGCGAGAUAUUUCUACUAAUAAGUUAUCACAGUUGGCUAAUGAAGUGUGUUGUUUGCUAAUGGGUAAAUGUGUGAAUACUAGUUGGAGAAAUGCUGUAUUGAUAAUGGAUAAACAUACUAUUGCAUGGAAAUAAUUUGUUGGUGUACAUGAACGUUUAAUUCAAGUGUUGAACAGUGAGAGUGAGAAAAGGAUGGCUUGUGCUGAAUACGGACAGCAACAAAACAGGAAAUUAGAGUUGGAUGCUAAGUUAAAAGAGUGGCGUAAAUCAAAGGAAGCUGAACAUUUAGAUGAGAUAGAGAGUAAGAAAUCUCAUAAAUCAUCGAAGAGUGGGAGUAGUUGUGGAAGUAGUGCUAGUACAAAAUUAUCGAGACAGUCUAAAAGAAAGGAAAAAAUGGCUCUAGCUCAGUUGAAGUUACAAGAACUGAAAGUUUUACAGGAGUAUGAGAGAGAAGAACAGGAGUUGAAAAGGAAAAGAGAUCUAUAUGUUGCAGAGAUGGAAGCGAAACAGGCAACAGUGUCCUACCAAAUUGUUAUGGAGCAAGACUCAAACAGUUGUGACUUGAAUGUACCAAUGGGUGUGUCAGUUGCUAAACAACAAUUGAGGGUACCAGACCCACUGGUUAAUGAUAAGCUUGAAAAUUCGUGUGUAGCAUUUGACGAAAAUGCACCUGUUGAACAAAGUCCUACUUUAAAAUCGACAGCGUCAAAGUCCCCAGAGCAAAGAAUUGAGGCAUCUUAUGGUGAAGGGAUCGCAAAGGUGCUGCAACAAGUAGUGAAUGCACCCAAGAUUGAGUAUAUCAAGUUUAAUGGAGAUCCAUUGAGGUAUGUGACAUUUAUUCACAAUUUUGAAUCAUGUCUAGAGAGGGACAAUCAUGAUGAGGAUCGAAAGUUGCAACUGUUAAUACAACAUUGCACGGGUAAAGCCCGAGAAUCGAUUGAGAGUUGUGUGAAUUUACCUAACGGUUAUAAAGUAGCAAAACAAACAUUGCAAGAGAACUUUGGGAAAGCUCACAUUAUUGCUGAAGCUCAUAUCAGUAAGCUUUUAAGUUUACCCGAUCUCAAAACUGCAGAUGGGCCAUUGUUGUUAGAAUUUGCAAGGCAAUUGACUAUAACUGAGCACACUUUGGAUGGUAUGGGAACUGCUUAUGUUUCAGAGCUGAAUCACAUGACUACAUUAAGAGAAUUGGUUAAGAAAUUACCGAUGUUUCUGAGAGCGAAAUGGACUGAUCUUGCAGGUGGAAUUUUGGAAUCUGGUAGUCGCCCGAAGUUCAAGGACUUAGUGAAAUUUGUCAACAGCCGUGCCAAAUUGGUUAACAAUGAGUUUGGUAAUGAUAUGAAUAGAGGCAAAUCUGCACGGCCUUUUGAGAAAAGAGUAA